AGGAUCGGUACCACAAAGUGCUGGAGACAGUGCAGAGGCACUGACCAAUCCAGAUCCGGAAUCGCCGACGUCAAUGCCCGAUGUUGCCGGAUCAACUUCAAAGGAAAUACCACAUGAUACCAACGACGAUGUCAACAUCGAAAGUGAAUACCAUUUCGACGAUGACAACAAUGCGGAGAGCGCGUACUACUCGAACUCGGCUGACAAUCAGAACAAUGUCGUGUAUGAAAGCGUUAUAUACAAAGACGACGUCUUGGACGAUGACGACGACGAUGAUGAUGACGAUGGCAAUAAAAAUGAGGUGGAAACUGUUCUAGAAGGGAGCGAUCAAGACGACCACGGAGACAAUGACGACGCCGAUGGCGUCAAUGGCGAGGACAUCGAAGGGGACACAUCUAAAGAAGAUGACGAAGAAUCGAUGGAGGGUCAUGCAACGAAACCUAGCAUCACUGAAGAGCAGAUAGUGCGCUUAACAGCAGAGACAUAUAUGAAAUUGAAGAUUGAGUGUCUUGCCCAAGUUGUCAAGUUUCCGUUUUCCGCGCCCAAAUGUGCAGGAAAGUUAUUCCCUGGCAGGAAAUCUCAGGAGGUCUUAGCUGGCCUAAGGGAAGACCUUCAGCGUGCAGAGAGCACUUUCAUCAACAAAGAGGCCGAGCUUAUGAACGAAGAUGAGCUCAAGGCUGAGAUGGAAUUGAUUGAAGAUGUCCUCAAUAAAGAUUUGAAUCAAGCGAGUGAAAAGAUCGAUGAUGACGACGACGACGAUGAUGAUGGUGACACGAUCGGUUAGUGAAUGGUUUAGUAUCAUUAUUUUCGAAAAGCAUGAAUGAAAAUUAAGUUAUUUCUUUCACUGCAAUGUAUCCAGUGGAGGCGCCAUGGGGUAGGCCCCCGUGAGAAAGAGAGAAAGAGAGGAGGGGUGACCACCUCCUUUGACAUUUCAAUCAAUAAAACAAUAUCAAGAAGAGAAAUGAAAAGGCGGAAACGGAAAAAAGGGAGAAAUAAGAAGUAAGCGUAAUGAAAGGAAGGAAUUUGAUCACACACUGUUAAAAACGGAAAAUGUUACAG